CUAACAGGUACUUGGAUGCAUUCCUGAUUUCUCACACACGCCACCCUGUAACUGAAGUACCGUUUUUUGAAUAAUCUCUUUUCGAAUUUAAAUCAUCGCUAUUUUUCAAUUUGCAUUCUGCUUGUGAUUUUAAUCGCGUAUCGUUUCUUUUAACAAAUUAGUGAGAAAAGCGAAUAUCGUUGUUUAAAUUAUUUUUAAAAUUAAAUUUUAAUAAACAAUAAAUUUUAUGCAGCAGUUGUAGUGCGAAUUUCUUAUUGUGUUUUUUUUUGCCACUUAGCGCUACGUUGAAUUAAACUCUGAAUGUUUUAAAGUUGUUAGAAUUUUUUGCAACUUUCGUUAACACAAUCAAAAAAGUUAUAACUACCAAUAGCUUUGAGCAUACUAGUUAUAAGCAUGCAGCGUCAAUUUACCUCUGGGAGCCGCCAAGCGCCUGAUCCAUUUGACCAAUUCUUGGAAGAAAAUAAUUUCUAUCGCAAACAUACAGCGCGCGAUGCGUCCUGUCUGUUUCGGGUAAUAUCCGAACAAAUGUAUGAUACGCAGUUACAUCACUUGGCCAUACGCAAAAAAUGCGUACGUUAUAUGCGUAAACACAGAGAUUUCUUUGCGCCGCUCGUUGAACGAGAUUUAGACGAGUAUCUAGAUGAUAUGUCAAAGCCUAAAACUUAUGGCACACUGGUCGAACUGCAGGCUGUGGGUUAUAUGUUCCAACGUAACGUACUGCUAUUUGAACCGUUCAAUUUGGGUAAUUUCUAUAGUACUCGCUCCUACUUUAAUGAUGUAUUUCGAGUAUUUUAUACACCCGAAAGGCAUUUUGAUUCUGUUUUUACAUGCGACUAUAUAAAAGAUGCAGCUAUUUGCCAGGCAAUAUGCUACGAAAUUCUCUACAAGGAUUUAUAUAAGCUGCCGGAUGUUGCUUUUGCCGUUGAACACAUGUUACAUUCGCCAACCCUAGAAGCUACGGAGUAUACUUCGGAAAGUAACGAAGACGGUUAUUGUACACGCAUUUUACUCAGUGAUGGACGCAGUUUUGAUUUUGAUUUACCAAAUGAUACUAAUUGUAUUUUAGAAAAUUACGAACUUUGCCAUUUCCAUUAUCAGAAUUUUCCACGUUUGUCCGAUGAUUUGCAGCGCGAAAUGAAAAUACACAACAAUUGUGACGAUUACGAAAAAUCAGCGCUAUGUAAAACCGCCGAAUCAUUGCUACCACACAAGUAUAUAUCAUGUGUGCGCCAAUUGUUGCAAGAAGGCAUUACACCAUUUCCGUAUAAGGUUGCGAAAGCUCUUGAUCCAAACAUGUAUCGUAAUAUAGAAUUUGAUGCUUGGAAUGAGCAACGAAAGGAACAAAAACUACAGAACUGGUACAACGGUGACACCAAUUUUAAGUUGAUACGCUGCCAGCAAACACGAGUUCAUAAAAUCUUCCAGGUGGGAGCCAAAUGUCAUGUGAGGCUAUGCAAAUCCGAAAACGAUCUGUACACUUGUCAUAUACAAGAGAUUGCAGUUGACAAGGGCUACUGCAUUGUUUUUAUCGAACAAUUAGGCGAAAAGCGUUUGGUGCCCUACGAAUCACUAACACCUCUACCACCAGAUCAAUUCAAACCAUGGACCUUACCAUAUCGCUUUCAGCGUCAUAUGCAGAAAUAUAGUUCAGUACGUUUAACUCGUCACUACAAUUAUCGUUUGAAACUUAACGGCCAAUUUGGACAUGAUUAUUGCGCACCCAUGUCACCCAGCAUUAAGUCGUCUGAAUAUGUACCAGGUUUCACAGGCAGUGAUUUGGAUAAAGAUGACAAACAACACUAUGGCCCGGCAACCGCUCAACACCGCAACGGUUGCUUCUAUAAAUUGAAGCAAUAUACACAUUUUGAGAAUUUUCGAGCACAUACUGUGGAGUAUUGCGCAAUGCCACUAACGGUUGAGCAUACGCCCCGCGAUUACGAAUCGAAAAGUGUUAGUGGUGCCAGCAUGACACCAUCGAAUGAAAAUAUUAAUGUCGUACCAAGUAACAGUCUACCUCAGAUACAUAUAAAAACCGAAUCGAACAUGCAACCUCAACAUGCAUCCGCACCGGAAGAAAUGAUGGGUAAUUUCAAUCCCAUGGAACAAGUUGCUGGCAUGGGUGCACCUGCAUUUAUAGUACCCGAUAUGCAUUAUUUAUAUCCAAUGCCCCAGUAUAGUGGUGAGGAGUACUACACAUAUGGUUAUGAUCCUGCUAUGCAACCACCAACUGCAACACUCAUGCCAACGGGUUAUUAUAUGUAUCCGCCAACAGGUGCGCCACCUACGGCAUUUGCGCCUGCGCCAAAUAAUAUGUAUAUGCCUACUACCGCACAAUUACCACCGCCACCACCACCACUCAUCGCCGCCGCUGCUGCGCCGCAUCCAGCACAAAACUGCGGCGGUCCGUACUAUCAAACUAAUGCACCAUUUGGUAGUAAUGUUUCACCAGGUAAUAGGUUUGAACCAGUGCCAUUGCAAGUUAGUGCACAGCAAUCGUAUGAGACUCCCACAACACGUAAUCGUGGCAGUGUACAAGCACCUAAUUUGAAUACGCCAUCAAGUGGUUUCAUUAAUUGGGAUGCGAAGAAAUCGGUUGACGCAAAUGGCAAUGACUUACCAACCGAUGUGUACACUUUGCGUCACUUUUACAAUUUAGGCUUGGAACAUCAUCUGAAUCAAUUGAAACAGCGUAAUAAUGAAGAUGCUUCAUCUAAAGCAAAUGUCGGCAAGGGCGCUUCGCAAGUGAAUGGAGGUAAUCAGCAGGAAGAAAUGAAAUCAGACGCUAACAACAACUCCGUGUCUGAAUUGAAUGCCAAUUUAACCCAAGACACCGCAAAUUUAAAAAGUAACAGCAACACACAAGGAGCUGCAACACUUGCAACUACAUCCAAUCAAAAUCAGCAGAAUAGUAAUCUCAUUUCGAAUAGUAAUAAUAGCAAGGGCGGUGCAACUGGUUCCAUGCAUCGCCGUUUUCCAUCGCGUUAUUUCAAUAGCAACAAAGAACGUCCAUUAUUCUUGCGCAAUCAAAGUAAUGCGAGUAACAACAACAAUAACGCAAACAGUGGCACAUCAACUGCACCGCAUCAAAAUGACUGCACUAACAAUGGUGGUGGCAAUAAAUAUGUCGGUUCAACAAAAAAUAAUAAUAAUGGUGGUCAAACUAAUUCCAAUCGCAGUGCUACGCCUAAUUCAACGCAUAGUCAUGCAUCUAAUAAUGCAAAAUCGAGAAAUGAUAAUACUGGGAUGGCUUCACUUGCCGUUUCAGUUGCGGAGCACGGCAUGCCAUCGCCGCAGGGAAAUUAUGAAAAUUCUACAAACGGAAAGUGUGGCACACAGAAUGGUGGUAAAGCAUUGAAACCGGUACCACUCUCCACCUAUCAAACACCACAGGGCAACACAUUUAUAACUACGCCAUAUAGCCCUUACAAUGAAUUUAACGCUAAUGAGCCAACAAUGUCCGUCAUGCCGCCAAACUCAGGUGGUCCGGGUGGUAUUUAUCUACACAUGCCUAUGCCAACAACCGCCCAUCCCUUUGGCAUUUAUGCACCACCACCACCACCACCACCACCACAACAACAACAAUCUGCAGCAUCUAUGAUCAUGCAUCCGGCGCAAACAUUUGUACCACCACAUCAUAAUGGUGGGCCCCCUCUACAACAACAUCAACAUUUUAUUCAAUCUCCAUCGGAUGCAGUUGCAGCGAUGAAUAUGUCAUUGCCACCACCACCACCGUCAAACGGUUUUUAUAUACCACCAACGGCGGAUCUCGCGAACACUGAGGCGACUGGAGUACCUCCUGUAAUGCAUGGCAGUGUUGGUGGCGAUGGUUUACAAUUUCAAUGCAUAUCCUAUCCUGGUACUGCACCAUCACCAGGACAUAUGCCUUUUUAUUAUGCACCCGGUCCGGUAAUGGCUGGCCCCUCUCCAGCUGGUAUGACUAUAAAUGGGAUUGCUACGAUGCAACAGCCACUCCAGGCAAACGCUACAACUGGUAAUGUUAAUGCCGUUAAUGGGCCUCAAGGAACACAGGUUUUCUGGUCACAACCGCCUCCAAACGCUUUGCUGCCGUUACCUACAUCCGCGCCACAAUUGAACGGUCCAACAGCUGUUAGCUCCACAACUCCAAGUAACAACAGUACACCAAAUUUGAAUCCUAGCUCGGCGAAUAGUCGCACGCGUGACAACAAAUAAGAGCAUAAUUUUUUUUUUUUUUAUAAACUACAGGUAAUAUUUUCGAAACUGCUACUAAAUUCGUAUCUGACCGCUCGGCCUUUUGCUUGAUAUUACCUUGAGUGUCUUGAUUGUAAAAUGUGUUUGGUGGCCGAGAAAAAUU